AUGACACAUAGCGACUCGCCUGGCGGCGACGAAGAUCACCAGCAGUACUCACUCACGCUGAUUCAGCAGCCGAAGCGGGCACGAGCAAUGGGCGUUGGCGAACGAGACCGCCGGCCAAUUGACCCAUGCCCUAUCGUGCAGCUGGAGAUAUCUACACCCGAGGGUGCUGAGAAUGUCGAGCUACUGUGGCAAAAGACGUUCGUUGUGCACGCCACAUUGUUCGACGCAACAAAAUCGCACGAGUGCUCCGUGUCAGAAGAUACGCCGGUCAUGAGUGAUGCCGAGUACCAGCAGACCAUGAUCGGGUCGCUGGUAUCUUCUGCACAUACCAUCAAGAUCGGCGGGAAAUACGGCUGCUACUUUUGUUUCCCAGAUAUUCGCGUCCGAUAUGCGGGCACAUUUACAUUGCAGUUCUCGCUGAUUUCUAUCCCGUCUACAGAGUCAGACCAUGUUGAUUCGGCAAAGGUGCUGACCCAUGUCUUUUCAGAUCCGUUCACAGUGUACUCGAUGCGCGACUUUCCAGGUGUUGACGAAUCGACUGAGCUUUCGCGCCUAUUCAACGCUCAAGGAGUUGCAAUUCCUAUACGCAACAAGGGUAGACUAAAGCUGCCUGAUGACGACGAACAACAAUCCUAAAGCAGCCUUUCCAUUGCUUCUAUCCUACAGAAUAUCUGAUGGACAACAUGCACCCUUGCACCAAUGCCAGCACACCCUGUCC